CCUGAGUUUUUUCUCACUUCAGGGAUUGAGCAAAACAAGCAUAAGCAAUAUCUCCUUCUAAGUCACUUUGUUCUCUGUCUCUUUAUCUAUCACUCUUCUCAGCUUUUGUGUAGUAUCUUGAAGCCAUGGCUGAGAAUCAUGCAACGAAUGGGAACCAUGUUCUCAAUGUUGAAGAUGCCAGAACUUCUUCCAAAACCAACCAAGAAUCAAGCAGCAGCUUUCUCUGUGUACCCUUUAUGCAGAAGGUCAUUGCUGAGGUGUUGGGGACAUAUUUCUUGAUAUUUGCUGGUUGUGGAGCUGUGGUGGUGAAUUUGAACACAGACAAGACGGUGUCGUUUCCGGGGAUUGCAAUUGUUUGGGGACUUGUUGUGAUGGUCAUGAUUUACUCUGUUGGUCACAUCUCCGGUGCUCAUUUCAAUCCUGCAGUCACUAUUGCUUUUGCUACUUCGAAGAGGUUUCCAUGGAAACAGGUACCCCCUUAUGUUGCUGCUCAAGUCCUUGGAUCGACGCUCGCAAGUGGUACCCUUAGGCUCAUAUUUAACAACCACCAAGACCAUUUUGCAGGAACAAGUCCUAGUGGAACUCAACUACAGUCUUUCGUGCUUGAGUUCAUCAUCACAUUUUACCUCAUGUUUGUUGUUUCUGGUGUGGCCACUGAUAACAGAGCGAUCGGAGAGCUUGCUGGGCUUGCAGUCGGCUCCACGGUUCUUCUGAAUGUGAUGUUUGCAGGGCCAAUUUCAGGAGCAUCAAUGAACCCAGCAAGAAGCUUAGGCCCUGCAAUAGUCUCAAGCCAUUACAAGAACCUGUGGGUUUACCUUGUGGCACCAACUCUUGGAGCUGUAUGUGGUGCCUUGGUGUACAAUGUAAUUCGAUUUACGGAUAAGCCAUUGCGAGAGCUCACCAAGAGUGGUUCUUUCUUGAAAAGCACUGGCCGCACCUAGUUGAUCAAAAAUAGAAGAGGGGAUUUGCUAUAUACAAGUCUAUUUCCCUAGAUUUUCUAUAUACAAGUCUAUUUCCCUAACUAUGUAUAAUGUAACUAGUUUAUACAAUUGUGGGUUAGAGAGGAGAGAUGCAAAGAUAAAAGACCCUUACAGGUCUAUAUUCUCUUCCCAAAAGUGUGGUGAUUAGUCUAAAAAGGGAGAAGUUGUCAUGCUUGAAUUGAAUGGUUAAAUACCCUUUCUUAUCCAUAUGUAGGUUGAGAAAUCAAAAAGUGUUUCUGGUUGAAUGGAAAGUAUGUUUUCAUGUUUCUUAUUAUA